AUGGCGACCCUCUUUUCCUCUCUGCUCUGCACGGCUCAUUCAUCUGGGAUCUGCCCCAAGUCCAUAGGGGUCGCUCCUGAUUCAACAUCGUGCCUCUUAGGCGAAAACAGAGCUUGGCUGGCGGAGUGCUGCAAUGGUCGUGUCAGGGCAAGGGACGCGGGCUUGCUUGGCUGCCCAUCGGGCGGCGCGUACAGGAAAGCCUCUCCAUCACUUGUCACUUAG